CUUCAAAUUGAUAUCAAUUUUUGUCCCUAGAAAAGCUUCAAGUUUAUUCUCUGUAAUGGCGACCCAAACUUCUUCGGCGGUCAAGGCAAAGAAGAUUAAGAAUCCUCCGACCCAUCCUCGGUAUAUCGAGAUGGUUACGGAAGCGAUUGUGACAUUGAAGGAGAGGAAUGGAUCGAGUCAGUACGCAAUCGCGAAGCACAUCGAGGACAAGCAGAAACAACUUCCUUCCAAUUUUAAGAAGCUGUUAUUGGUUCAACUUAAGAAACUCGUUGCGUCUGGAAAAUUGGUGAAGGUGAAGAGUUCGUUCAAGAUUCCGGCGGCGGCGGCUCGAUCUAAGGUGUCCAAGACUGUCAUCCCUCCGACUAAGAACUCUGUCAAGCCGGUUGAGAAGAAAAACAAGCUGCCAGUCAAGACUAAGGCUGCCACCACUAAGCCUGCGGCUAAACCAACCCCUAAAUCGAAGGUCACUGUUGCUAAAUCUGAAGCUAAACCUAAAGCUGCUUCGAAGGCCAAACCUGCAGCUAAGCCCAAAGCUGCUGCGGCUAAGCCCAAAGCUGCUGCGGCUAAGCCCAAAGCUGUUGCGGCUAAUCCAAAGGAAGCCGUCAAGAAAGCUAAGGUUGUCACUGCCAAGACAUCUACAAAGACAUCUCCCGCAGCUUCCCCUGCUCUGAAGCCGGCUCCAAAGAAAGCACCGGUUUUAUAUUUCCGGCUAAGGUUGUCACUGCCAAAGACAGUUAAGUCGCCGGAGAAGAAAAUAGUGACAAGGGCGAGAAAGAAUUGAGAUGAAAAUAGUUCUGUAAAUUAUUUUUGGAUCUUUCGGUCGGUCAGAAACAUUAUCAAAAGUAGCAUACCUAAUAACAUAUAUUUCAUUUAUAAUAGUACACAAACAAGACUUUUAUUGCUAGUUAUGGCCUAUAAUUGU